AUGUCUCUACUACCCGCCGACCGCCACCCGCGCGAUCAUUUUACCGCCCUUCGCUUUUCAACUCGUAUCCCGCGCCUCUGCCCCGAGCACAACAACAACAACAACGCCCAACAUGAGGCAACCUACAACCUCACCCAGCUCCAACCUAUCGAGCUGUGUUUCCAUCGCGACUUUGUUGCCGACCCCGACGACCCUGUGUCGCUGCAUCUCGCAGGUCACCCUCGCCGUAUCAUUCAGUACCAUGGCCCCAUUAAGCUUCCGCUGCCUACGCCACCAUGUCCUAUCCACAAGAUCGACGAUGUUGUCCAGUUGACACUCUCUAAUAACAAAUCUUCCUAUCCUCCGACCUCCAGUCCGAGCCCCAACCCAAGUCUGAGCCUGAGCCCGAUCCUGAGCCCGAUCCUUAGCCCGACCCAGCAGCGCCGGCGCCCUAACCUCGUUGCCUUUUCCCGUCCAUCACUCGCUUUCUUCAUCUUCUGCGGGUUUCUCCUAGGUCUUUGGACCUCCCAGCUCUUCCGACAUUCCCACGUCAACUCUUGUACGACUGCUAUGACCGCUCCCGACGGCACUCUCUACGAGAUGCACUUUGAAAACAAUGCCAUACCACUUGAACUAUAUCGUGCAAUAGCCCUGCUCGAACAUCAGCGCUUAUCACUCUACAAUGUAGUGAUUGAUACUCUUAAUAGCCCCAACGCCACCUUCCUCCAAGAUGUACAAAAGGUUGUCGGCCGCAUAUGCCUUAACGCUACCUAUCUCUUGUCGCAAGAGUCGCGAAAGUCGCAAGCAGCAACCGCCAGCCAUCGCCACGACAUCUCAUUCACAUGCCGGUUGCUAGAUCGCCACAUCUCUACUGUGGCUCUUUUGUGGGCGCCCCUUAGCGAAACUGUGUCCGCCUGGCGCCCUGACCGCCGCCUACGCAUGGCCGCUAAGCUGCUGGGCACGGCAUACGACACCCCUUCGUUCCUCUAUACCUACCGAAAAGCCUUUCUCAACAGCGAAACCGAUUGGGCUGAUGCUACAUGUCAUUUCUGCUCAUCUGCUGGUAACACUCAAAAUGGAACAAUCGGUAUGGCGUGGCACUUUGCCUGUGACCCGGCGUUUGUUGCGCUCUCAGACGUUUCCUCGCUCGUUAGCUUUCUUGAGUCGUGGGGCCAGCAGCAAUCAGCACGCCGUUACAAGGCACUCCAUAAAGCCUUCAUUGAACGUCAAGGAGGAGGGCCUGAUGAGAACAACUACGGCGCCGAGGGCGGCGAUAUAGUGCGGUUUCUCCUUCAGGCCAGCGACGUGGCGGCGCCGUCAAUGGCAGCAGAAGGCGAGCUCAUGUCACUGUUACGCCAAGUAGUUGAACUCUUAACGGGCAUUUCAGACCUGACUAGGCUCGUGUCUCAGCACAUGUUCCGGAUCGCCGCUAUGACGGAUGCUGCAGAUGGGGGGCUAUUAGGCAGAAACAAGGAGUACACAGCGGCGGCGCCGCCGCCGCCGUGGUUCCAGGACGCGUUCCUAUGGCUGCGGCCUAGUCAGGUCCCAUCACACUCCCCAGACGUCAGCAUGAACAACAUAUACAAGGACGUAAUAGAGCUCAACCGUUUACAAGAUUCAACCAUCAAGCUUAUCUUGCACACGCUUGCCCCUGCUGCAACUGAUAUAAUACCAAUCUGCAACAUGGCAUCAGACUUUAAAGUCCUACUUGAUUUGCUUGAUGACGGCCAUGGAUGGAACGCAGUCACCUCACACGUCGUCGCUGGCUCAGAAUCUAAGCCAUUGUCUAUUAUUCACGUAACGAACACCACCUAUGUGAUGAACAUUGACAGAGAGGUUGCCGCGCUUGAGGCUGAGGCGGCAAGGCUUAAGCCUAUUAGCCGGCAAAGACGGCCGCCGCCUGAUACAGAAUUUGGCGACGAGGGUGAAAACGGGCCACGGGCACCCGUAGAGGUUCCGGAGCCGCAGGAUAACGAGGAGAGGCAGUUUCUUGAGCGGGUGCGGCAGGGCUCUCAGGCAAUGCGUCAGGCAGCCGUGCAAAGGCUGAUGGGCGUGUUUGGUCAAGAGACACCGGCGCCUUCAGUCAGCACCGUGUCGACAAGAAUGCGCAUCGGGUGA